CGAAGGGAGUCGAAGGCCCGGCGGGAGGACUUGGGACGAAAGGCAGCGAGCGAGCGAGCUUCAGCCUCUGUCUCUGCCUGUCGCUCUUUCCCGUCUCGUGGCCUUCUUCCUCGAGAGUGUGGGUGGGGCUGGGUCCAUGGAGACGUAAGCGAUUCUGCUCGAGACGACCAGACGAUGCCUUCGUCGUCGGUGGACUUUCUAGGACUGGACUGGACUGGACUGGACUGAGAUGACUUGACAUGAUUAGUACUGUGGACUCGACUGGAUCAGGAACUGUGCACGGAUUCUGCAUCUGUCGAACUCAUCGAUCUCAUCUCCUCCUGCCUUCUUACGUUUGUUAGUGAGUGAGUGAGAGAGUGAGACAUAGAGACAGUCAUUCAGUUGGGCAAGCGCUUGGAUUGGACCAUAUCGAAAAUAGAACGUCGAACGAUCGAUUUAUUGUAUUCCGACUAUUCGCAGAUUCGAACGAACGAAGGAAGGAAGGACGAACGAGAAGAAAAAGAACGAACUCAGCAGCAGCAGCAGCAGCAGCAUCAUCAUCAUCGUUGGCGAGAUACUGGGCGUGUAAUUGUGGACGGGGUUGUUGCGGACACUUCGUCGAGUGAUACUGAGAUCGAUCGGAGAUUGAUUGAUUGAUUGAUAUAGUUGGAGAAAGUCAAGUCAAGGCGAAAAACCAAGUUUUGCGCGCAGUCGCUCGCUCACCAUGUCGAACGAUGACGACUGCUUGUGUCGGCCAUGCGGGUUUCUGCUCGGGCUGCCGUUCAUGCUUUUGUCGGCGAUUUUGUCCCUCGUCGGCAUCAUUGUUUGGGUUAUUGCGACGUUGUUGAUCUGUAUAUGUCCCUGUGGAGUCUGCUUGGCAGCCGUGGUCAGCUUUGCCAUCUGGUUAAUUAAAAUGCCAAUUCAUGUCAUAACGUGGUUCACCCGGCAAAUACCUUGUUGAUGCUGUCACCCGCCUCACGAUUUCUGGAGUUCGUUCGUUCGUUCCUUGUCCGGGCAGGAGUUGGAUUGCAGGCUGUUUGACUGAUCUUCUAGACCGGGCGUGCAGCAUUUUACGUGUUUUGGGUUUCUAGUCUUGCUCUGUAAAUUGAAUCAGUCGAGAAUCUGCAGACGGGAGUUCGUCUUCGAUGAGGACGAGCUGUCGAGAGUUGUAAAAAUUAUGUCCAUAAUCUGGCUUAAGAAUUUAUAAAAGGCGUGUGCAUAUUCUUUCUUUUCGAAGACAGACUUGGCGG